UCGACCAAAACAAAUAUGGCGGAUACAGUAAUGAUGGUAAAGACUCCAAAACCUUUUGUCUGUUUUUCCGUCGGUUUUUCUUGAUUUCGUUUAUGGGUUCGGCCGUUUUAUAAAGUCGUCGUUGAGCCGGAGAAAUGUUUUUGGGUGGUAGUUUGACCGGACACCCAACAAAACGAAACCUAGAAUAUAAACGGAAGUGUGUGGACCUUUUUUGAAACUAAACAUCCGCCUGUGCAGCGCGUGUUUGCUGUGUUAUGUCGUUAUUUCAGUGCAUGAAAAAUGGGGAAAACAUGAAAAAUAAAGACGUUGAGGUUCAACGACACGAAGAAUGGUGUGCUGAUUGAGAGGACCAACAAUAUGUAACUCAAAGCAAAGAAAGGAGAAAUGGACUUAACGUGGAUACAACCUGAGAGCACCGAGUGGUAAACAGUAAUACUUUACAGGAAUAUUACCAUGGGUUUGGUGAACUUUGUCAUAUCCACUGUAGGAAAAUGUCUGGAUGCUCUCUGCUUACUACUGGACCUGAACUUUGUCAUCGUCCACACCGUGGUGCAGACUCUCCUGGCAGUUAUCACCUUCAUAACCAGCCUGCCCAGCCUCCUUUAUAACUCGGUGCUGGAGCUGGGAAACCUCGUUCUGCUUUGCGCUGUGUCCUCCGCGGAGGCGACAUCAAACCUAGCUCACAGCACUGUGGCUAAUCUGGGGAGCUUGUUGCUGGCUCUGGAGGGGCUCCUGGAGAGCUUGAAGAUGGUGGGUUACCUGUCUAUGCACGUCCUACUGCGUGGAAAGGAGCACUUGUGUCGAGGGCUGCUGUCAGUGAUUGAGGGCUGUGGCAUAGCAGUCAGCCUGGUGGUCUAUUUUACCAACACAGUGGUAAACUUUGUGCUUAUCGCUACCCAGAACGUCUACUUGGCGUUGGUCAGCAUGUGGCAGACGGUUUCCACCCCACUGCAGAAGGCGCUGGAGCUCACGUUGACCUGUUUCACCUUUCUGUACAGCAGCCUGGCCGGCACAUCAGCUUUGCUAUGGACACCCUGCAAGAUGGUUUUGGACUUCCUGGUUUCACUGGUGCACAUGUUCAUUAGCAUCUUCAUACUGAACAUCUACGGCCUCGUGCUCACCAUUACUAUUGCACUGGCCACCACCGCUUACCUAAACCCGGGACUGUCCCGACAGAUUGCUGUGCGCGUUGUAGAAUAUAUAAACUCCUUUUCACUUCUCCGUAGAUUAUGUUUGGCUCUCAAUUGCAUCACUUCAGCCUUACUGUGCUUGCCUCACUUUAUACGCCGUAACGUGCAGUACCUGCAGAGGAUCCUCUAUCACAUCUACCGACUGGAGAGACGACUUUGGCAGCAGUUGUCUCACCAAAGCGGCCUGAUUGGCCUGAUGCUCCGACCACAUCUUCACAGGCAAAACAGUAACAGCAACAACAGAGCUGGAGGUGACGGUGACCCUGGGGAAGAGAGGCGGGACCCACCAGAUGGUAGAGCAGGAGAUGGAGCCCACCAGGAGGUGCUCAAUCCAGUUUUACCCUCCUCCAGCACAGACAAGCAGCUAAAGAAGAAGUCACGUUCAGGCGAAGAUGGUAAACCUCUGCCAGCUGAGAGUCUGCUGACUCUGCUGAAGGAACAGGAGGAGAGGAAGAAGUGUGUGAUUUGUCAGGAUUGUGCCAAGACAGUGGUGCUGCUGCCUUGCAGACACCUCUGCUUGUGUAGAGACUGUACACAGAUUCUUUUAAGGCAGCCCAUCUACCAGCAGAACUGCCCGCUCUGUCGGCAAAUGAUCCUCAACACCAUGGACGUGUAUCUAUGAGGGACCAGCCAAAGUGGAUCAACUGGUGUCUGAUACCAAGUAGCCUCACAGCCUAUCAGUAUCUACAUGUAUAAGUUUUACCACCACUGAGCUUUACUAUAUAAGGUUUCUUUUUUGUCUUUUCACUUAAAUGGGACUUAAGUGAAAAGACCAGACCAGACUUGUUAAACAUACUGGAUAGCUCUGGAUUAUUUGGGAAUUGAGAGAUUUAAUGAUAGUAAGAAAACAAAAAGUCACCAGGUUGUCUUCUGGUGUCAGAUGCGUGCACACGUUAACAGCACAUGUUGUGCCCUGAUUCCAUACUAUACACUAAAUGUAAACAACACAUAGUAUGUACAAGUUCUCAUGGUAAACAUUUUCUGUGAGUAUGCAAGAAGUCAACAUAUUUAUAUGUGCACAAUAUUUGUGCCAUGAUGCAUCACAAAAGUGAUACAGCUGUAUACAUUUUGAGAGAAAGCCAGAGGUUUUGUUUUUUCAGCUGUAAGCACCUCUUUGUGCAUUUUGCAUCAAAAAUGUAAACACAAGCUUCUUUUUCUCACAUGACGCCUUGGAAAAUAUCAGAAUUAGUUCUGUUCUCACUUCUGAGAAUAUUCCUUAGUUUAGGUGAGGUAGCAGCGUGGGUACGCCUUGCUUGCUUAAUUCUACGCAUUAUUUUCCACUCCGUUCCUUCAGGCAUCAUAUAAACUUUAUACCCAAGGAGCUAGAAGUGUAAAAAAUCAAUUUUCAGAAUGA